CCAACACCCAACAUCCGACUCCAUCUAUUCGAUUCAUGCCACGAGUUUCAUAGAAAGGGUUCCUCUUAAAGCUCUCACAUAUCUGUUCUUCUCCUGAAAGCUCUCAUUCACAAUUUCUCGUUAUCAAUCUUUCUCAAUUUUUGAACAUUCUCGAUUUGCAUCUCUAUACUCGUCUUCUCCAAUCAAUCAAAUCACACAAACCCAUUCAAAAAUGGCAACCGUUAAGAAAAUUCCCCCUGGACAAACCUUCAUCGAUACUCUCGAUAAAUCAUUCGUCGAUGUCCCCGUCAACAAGGAGAAGGACAAUGCGAUUGCAACCACAGAUUUUCUUCAAGCUGCCGAAUCCCUCACCACUCUUUUCGAUGUUAUGGGAUCUGUAGCAUUCAACCCAGUCAAGAAUGAUAUGGCUGGUAACAUCAAGAAAAUCCGCGAGAGACAACUUGCUGCACCAGCAGAGUCAGAGACUCUUCAAGAAUUGGUCGUCAAUGAGCUCAAGACAAAGAAGCACACCGCUACUGAAGGUUUAGUUUGGUUGGUUCGUGGUCUAGACUUCACCUGCAUUGCUCUCUCACAAAACCUUGCCGCCCCCGCGGAUGAACUCUCCGUAUCCUUCCGUGCUGCCUACGGCGAGACACUAAAACCCCACCACUCCUUCAUGGUGAAGCCCAUAUUCAGCGGCGCCAUGUCCGCCUGCCCAUACAGAAAAGAUUUCUACGUUAAGCUUGGAGAUGACAACUCCAAGGUUGAGGCUGCUUUGAGAGUGUGGUUGAGUGCAUUGGAGAACCUGAUCGCCAUCUUGAAGGGAUUUUUGGACAGAAAGGAGGCUAAGUGGUAGAUUUGGGGGGAGAUACUAGAGAUGGGAAGGCCAUCAAUUCUGGCAUGAGUGAGCGAGCAAGCGAUUAAUUUUGAACGACUUGAUAUGAUGAAGCGUUAUGUUUUGAGAGAAUAGCAAAUCAACAGGAGCAGAAUAUGAACUACGUAUGCAUGAUGAUAAAAAAGUAAAAUGUAACUCAGCAAGCU